AAAAAUAAAAAUAAUUUGGUUACCGAUCAAAGUAACCGCAGUGUCCUGUUAUGAUGAAAAAACAGUCAAAACAAAAUCAUGUGUUUGUAUGUGCGUACGCGCAUCCGUAAAAUGUCAUCAUUAAAAUGUAGUUGAAACGCAUAUACAUAUCCGUUUAUACCCGUUAACUUUCACUAUCAAUUAUUAUAUGCCUUGUAAAAAAUAGAUAUGUUAUAGAGAAAGUGGGACCUUUGUUGUGAGCUUUUCCUAAAAUUUUAUCUAUAACAGUUACACAAGUAAGAUUAUCUAUAAUGUUAUCUUUUUUGAAUGACUAAGUUUUCACAUAAAUAAUUUAAUCGGCUGGGUUAUAUAAAACGUUAUAAUGUAACAGAUGCCAGUCUCUACGUAAUCUUACUCUAAACAACUUAUUAUUCAUUUUACACACGUACAAUAAUGUCGAGAAUGAAUAGACCACGCGUGUUUGUUACAAGCAACAAUGUACCUGAUUCUGGAAUCGAACUUCUACGAACUAAAUGUGACGUUACGAUUCUUCAGGAUGUCACAAAUACACGUGAAGAAAUCCUUCAAGCUGUUCCUGGACAUGAUGCUAUUAUGAUCGCCGGCCACGUCAACAUAAAUUCCGAAUUUUUGAAUAUCGCAGGACCAAAUUUAAAAGUUGUUUCUACUAUUUCGGCUGGUUAUGAUCAUUUGGACGUUCCCGAGAUUAAACGACGUGGUAUCAAGGUCGGUCAUACACCUAAUGUUUUGUCUGCUGCAGUUGCAGAAGUAGCUAUUCUUUUAGCUUUAUCUGCUGCCCGACGAAGUCACGAAGGACGUUUAAAAAUAAAUGAAGGAAAAGUGCUUUCAUUAUAUAACUGGUUACUUGGGCAAGAAUUACGUAACUCCACUGUUGGAAUAGUUGGAUUAGGAAGUAUUGGUCAAGCUAUACUAAAGCGUUUAGUACCAUUUGAAGUAAAUACUUUUCUUUAUACUGGUCAUUCAGAAAAAAAGGCGGGAAAGGAUUUAGGUGCUAAGUUUGUAUCCUUGGACGAACUUCUAGCACAAAGUGAUUUCGUUAUUGUUGCUACUCCAUUAACCAAUGAAACCCGAGGCUUAUUUAAUGACACUACUUUUGGUAAAAUGAAGAAAACUGCUGUUUUCGUUAAUAUAGGACGUGGAAAAGUUGUAGAUACGGAUGCAUUGGUAAGAGCUUUGAAAAAUCAUACAAUUUUUGCUGCUGGUUUAGAUGUUACCGAUCCUGAACCAUUGCCGGUAGAUCAUGAAUUACUUAAACUUCCCAAUGCUGUACUUCUACCACACUUAGGUAGUGCCACUGUAAAAACUCGCAGUGAUAUGAGUAUAGUCGCUGCCCAAAAUAUUCUCAAUGGAUUAGCUGGCAAACCUUUGGUUUACGAAUUAUAAGUAUUAAUAGAUUUUUCACAAGUUGUAAAGGAUAGAUAAAGUUAUUUAAAAAAGCAUUUAAUUCGAUGAUUUAGAAUUAUUAAUAUUAUAUACGACUUAAUUUAUAUCUAUAUAUAUUCGAUAUUAUUUACAUUUUCUUCAAUAUGCAUUUAUGCCAUUAUCAAUAAACUAAUAUAAUUUAACCUUUUAAGCAAAUAUAAUUGCAUACUUUAUAAUGCAUUAUUUUAUAAAAUAUGUUAUUAUAAAUACGUGAUUAUAUUAUUACAAUAUGAUUCGAUAAAAAUAUGCGUAAGUUGAUAUCGUGAAUUAUCUAUAUAUACUUCCUUAUUUAAUAAUCUCAUAAAAAAUAAUGCACCUAAUGAAUACAUUCUUAUAAAAAGAAAAAAAGAAAGAGAGACAGAGGAAACAAUAAUUAAUAAAACUACAUUU